GGGAUCUUUCUGUUAAUUGGAUCUUCAUGCCUAAUGGUUCAAAGAAAGACUGAAUGGUUGGCCAAACACAUUUUCAUCUCACCAAAACUGGUCCUCGUUGCAAAACGUUUGGACACCCUCUGAUCUACACUAUGUUCUGACGUCAAUGGCUUAACACUCUUGUGGUUCUGCGCAAUUGUCCACAUUAUUUUGUGCCUGAAUUACACCUUAAAAGGUCACUGAUGUGUAGUAAUACGUAUGUGAUGUGUGAGAUCCUGCUGUCUGUGCGCUUGUAUCAUAAACACAAUGUUCUUUCCAUGACCUUAGAACAUUUGGUAAUACAAUUAAUCCAUGACAUAUACAGAGAGGCUGCCCUGUUUUGGUCCCUUCCAACUCCUCCUACACGUCCCUCCUCCUCUAGUUCAUGCAGUGUGUCAUGUCACACAUACAGGUGCUGGUGUAGCACAAGACUUCACACUUAUUACUUUGUUCCCCCCCCAGUGUGUGACGUUAUUUAUAUUCAGAGACUGCCUAUACCCUGACAGACUCUCACAUCAAUCUGUGACCAGACUCGUAUAACUGUGCUCUGCUGAAAAUAUGCUCCCAAGGUUCCUGGCUCGCCACUUCUUCUAAACAGUGGAAUUGUGGGAGGCAUGGGGAACAUUCCUUGUAAGAAAGGUUACAGCGCAAUAGAAGCCAGCCUAACCAACAUGGAAAUAAACCAAGCAGCAGCAGACAAGUGCAUCUUUGUGGCUUUGUACAAUUUCCCGCUCGGUGGCCAAACAGAUCUAAGCAUUCGUUUCGGAGAGCAGUUAAACAUCCUCUCUGAAGAUGGGGAUUGGCUAAAGGUCUCCUCUGUUUCUACAAGAGAAGAAUGCUACGUACCUACAAAUUAUGUGGCCAAAGUGUGUAAUAGGUGGCUGUACAAGGGCAUAACCAGGGAGAAAGCGGAAGAGCUUCUUAUGGUGAACUCUAACCGGAGUGGUUCCUUCUUGAUCCGGGAAAGUGAGACAAGAAGUGGAAGCUAUACUUUGUCAAUAAGAAAAACAAAUCACACAUCAAGGGACUCAAUCAAGCAUUAUCGUAUCCAUCAGUUGGAAAAUGGGUGGUUUUACAUUGCUCCACGCCUAACAUUUGCCACACUCCAAGACUUAGUGGAUUACUAUUCAGAAGUGGCAGAUGGGAUUUGUUGCACUUUAACGGAGGCGUGUGUGGUGCAAAGGGUUCCAAACCCAGUCAUCCAAAGGCCAUCUGAACCAACCGUUGUCAGAAAGCCAACCCUCAACUGGACAGAGUUAGAUAGUCUGGACUUGUUUAACAAAGACGACAAGUUAAAUGAAGAUUGUCCUCUAAGCCUUGGUCUCAGAGAAGCAGUCAGCUCCUAUAUGUUUAUGACGCAGGACUCGGACUCCAUCAAAGACGUAGAAAAGGAACAUUGGUGGGAAACCUGUUGAUUCUUAAGACAAGGGUCCAUGGGACUGAAAUGGAAUAAACUUAUUUACAGACAUGGAAAGAAUUUAUAUUAUCUUUAACAACCCGACAUGCCUGUAGAUCAUUCAGGGCCAGAUUUUUCCACUUUCUCUUUGAACAGAAAAAUUAGUGGAAAAUGUUCAACACCUUCUUUCCUUUAUUAUGAAAUCAGCUGAACUGCUCAGUACAAGUUUGUCAAAAUAUUGCAGGUCAAUCCUUUGUGACUUGUACUCUAAAGGGACUGUCCCACAUUAUAUUUAUAGCAGCUGCGCUGCUCUGUCUGUAUGGAUGUCUACUUGUUAAUGUUUGCUAUACAAUUCGUCGACAAUGUUCGGAAGACAUUCAUUUUAUGUUGUAGUUUAUAAAACAUGUGAUUAUUGGAGAGUCAGACAGUUACACCAAAAGAUUAUGGGUUGUUUUCACUUGACUAUAAAGUAAUACUUCAUGUAACAUAAAACAUUUCACUAUCAACAAGGGAUGCACCGAAUCCAGGAUCCGAUUUAGGGAUUCGCCAGGAUUCGACCGAAUCCUUCUGCCCGGCCGAACC